ACAAAAAGGAGAAAAGGGUCAGUGCGGAGAGUAUCCACACAGGGAAUAUCUAAGCACCACACUUGCAGCUCUUCGUUCUAAUCACAUCCUUGCAUUGAAGGGUGAACAAGGACAGGCAGGCAUCCAAGGGCCUCCAGGGCUACCUGGGCCCCCAGGCGCUCCAGGAACUCCAGGACCACCUGGCCCAGCUGGCCCAGCUGGGAAAACAGGAGAACCUGGCAAGGAUGGAAAGGGUUUGCCAGGACCCCCUGGGCCAAAGGGUGAUCCUGGACUUCAAGGAUACCAUGGAAGGAAGGGUGAAGCGGGUGAGACAGGCCUCCCAGGUGCACCUGGACUUCCUGGACCUGCUGGCCCUAAGGGUGAAAAGGGAGACAGUAGCCUGAAGGGGGAGAGGGGAAUGCCAGGGCUGCCAGGAAAACAAGGAGUUCAGGGUGAACCUGGGAUUCCAGGAGCAAAGGGUGAGAAAGGGAAACCUGGUGACCCGGGACCUCAUGGAACCAUGGGAGAAAAGGGCGAAAAAGGAGAUUCUAGCAAUGCACUUGGAGGAGGUAAAGGAGAACCAGGACCACCAGGAUUACCGGGGCCUCCAGGACCAAAGGGCCCCAAGGGUGAACCAGGGAAGAGUGAAAUGGUAGACUACAAUGGUAACAUCAAUGAAGCUUUACAGGAGAUACGAACUUUGGCCCUCAUGGGACCUCCUGGUCUUCCAGGGAUUGCAGGGCCAGCUGGACCACCUGGACAGAAGGGUGAAAUUGGCCUGCCAGGUCUUCCAGGACGUGAUGGAGAAAAGGGUCUUGAUGGCCUAACUGGAGCUAAAGGUGACCAAGGGAUGCCUGGACCUCCAGGUCUCAUCGGUCCAAUUGGACUUCCGGGUUUUACAGGAGAGAAGGGAGAACCUGGAGAAAAAGGAGAUAUUGGGACCUCAGUAACUGGUCCACCAGGGCCUCAAGGUCCACCUGGAACCCCAGGUCUUCAAGGCCUACCAGGACCUAAGGGAGAAGCAGGCAUUGAUGGAAUGAAAGGUGAAAAGGGUGUCCAAGGAGAAAAAGGAGACCGAGGUCCUCUGGGGUUGCCCGGCGCUUCAGGUUUAGACGGCAGGCCUGGCCCACCGGGUACUCCAGGACCAGUUGGAGUCCCAGGACCAGCAGGACCAAAAGGAGAAAGGGGAAAUAAGGGAGAUUCUGGUUCUACAGGACCGAUAGGACCAGCAGGGCUUCCUGGCUUUCAAGGCUCACCAGGUGAAAAAGGAAACCGGGGGGAAAGGGGCAAGAAAGGCUCUAGGGGGCCUAAAGGGGAUAAGGGAGACCAAGGAGCACCUGGAUUAGAUGCACCCUGUCCAUUGGGGGAAGAUGGGUUGCCAAUUCAGGGAUGCUGGAAUAAGUGAAUAUUCUAACCAAGGACUGGCCUGUGUGUCUGUGUGUAUGUUUGUGCAUAGAAUAUUUAUUUUUAUACAUUGUUCUUUUUUGAAAGUGCCGACAGAUAUGCAUAAAAAGCUGCAUAUUUUUGUACAUAAAAUGCUACAAUUCGCCUUUAGCUGUCUGCCAGUUGCUUGUAUAAUUAUAUAUAUAUGUUGAUAACUAUGCUUCUUGCAUUGUGGGAUUCAGCUGCAAUAUUUGCAUGAUAUUUCUGCACUCAGAGUAAGUGCUACGGCUUAAUAAGCUAUUGCAUAAAGAUGCCAGAAGGAACCAUUCUAUGUACAUACGAAGACAAAAAACAUUUGAAAGUGGGUGCAAGAACAUCUUAAAAUACUAUGGAUUUUGAUUAUUAAAAUGAAAUGAAAUGUAGCAUUUGUAAAUACAUUCUAUAUUGGUAUUUCAACGUGCAAAAUGAAAUAACAUAGUAAGAGAUAACAGGGGCAAUCUAUCCUCACUUUUACUGUACACAAAGGGUAGAAGUAAUGCACAUCAUUGUUCAGAAUUGAGGACAACAAAGUAGGGACAUACAUGCCCCCAAAAAGUAUCUAGUGUCAUUAAUGAGUCAAGACAAAGUUGAAUUUUUUCCAUCAGAUUCUGUUCAUUGACAGAAGCACAAUUUUUGGUGCAAAAAUAUGGAGAUCUAAAUGUAGUUGUGAUCGAUUUAGCAAAUAAUGGACAUUUCUAGCAUUUUUACAUAGCUUUUCAAGAGAUUUGGAAACUGCACAGAUUAAGCCUCUGGAGGCUAGGGCCAUUAGGAAUGAACCUGGUCCUAUGCUCCCUCCCUCAUAAAUUCAUUGGAUGUGGUUUUCCAAUAUCCUUGCCCCAUUAGGUCCAUCUAAUGCUCUGUGGAAGGAAAUUCUUUAAGAACAACAAUGCAGGAAAGAAAAGGCCAACAGACACCUUUUUUUCAGAGCUGGAGAUUUUUGUAAAGAAUUGGAAGGGAAAUGCUGAACAGCCCGUGCAGCAUACAUUGCUGUUCUCCCUACCUCAUAAUCUCAGCAUCAAGCUAAACAGAACUUGGAAGUUUAUAAUAAUGGGAUAUGAUUACCAUUAUUUAAAACACAUAUACAGAAAUUUGGGAGGGGGGAAAAUUCUUUGUGUGUAUGUGUGUUUUUUAAUCCCAACAGCUGUAAGUGAUCAUCAUGAAAAUAGAUCAGCACCAUAGAAGAAAUAGAAGUAACACUGUACCAUUUUCUUGGACUCACAUCUCCUUUCUAAAACUGCCAUUUCUUGGGCCUACACACAUUUUUGUCCCCACAGGGCAGCUAGCAACUUGAGGAAAGGCUAUUAGCAAAAAUGGCACAAAGUAAAGGAUUAAUUCCACUGUCCCAGAGCAGUGCUAUUACUCUGUUUGAGCUCCACUAACAUGAUUACAGGAACUACGACUGCCAUAUGAAGGCAGCUGGGGUCCCUUCAGUGGUCACAGUGAAUAGUCUACACCAGUGUUUCUUAAACCUUUUUCUCUCAGGACCCCUUCCCA